UAUGUACACACUGAACCUCCCUUUAGCUUCCCUCGACGGCUUCCAUGCUCUUUCGUCGGAAAAAAGGGUAGCUUCCAUGCUCUGCUCUGCUAGUUCUGGUGUAUUGGAGUGUUCUCGAGAGUUCUCGCUCUCUGGUCCUUGGUCGAAUCCGGUCGCUCUCCCCGCUUCGAUCUUAUAGAUAUGGAGUCUUGUCCUUCGAUCAAAAACAUUCUUCUUCUUGACUCUGAGGGGAAACGAGUAGCUGUAAAAUAUUAUACAGAUGACUGGCCAACAGUUGCUGCAAAAUUGGCAUUUGAGAGAUCUGUAUUUAUUAAGACACUGAAGACAAAUGCUCGAGCUGAAGCGGAGAUAACAAUGUUUGACAGUAACAUCGUUGUGUACAAGUUUGUUCAGGACCUGCAUUUUUUUGUUACUGCUGGAGAUGAUGAGAAUGAACUCAUUGUAGCCACGGUGCUUCAGGGAUUCUUUGAUGCAGUGGGCCUUCUUCUCAGGAACGAGGUAGAUAAGCAGACAGCACUUGAAAACCUGGAUUUGAUCCUUCUUUGCCUUGAUGAAAUUGUUGAUGGAGGGAUAGUUCUUGAAACAGAUGCUAGUGUUAUUGCUGGAAAAGUUGCAACCCAUGGUCUGGAGGGAGAUGGAUCCUUGUCUGAGCAGACUAUAUCUCAAGCUUUAGCCACAGCUCGUGAACAUUUAGCAAGAUCUCUUCUUAAAUGAUGCGCUCGUGUUUUGCCCUUUUCCUUAUUUUCCUUUUCUUUCCAGUGGUGGUAAAUUUAUUGUUUAAAGCCAGUCAGGCUUAAUUUUUUUUUGUUGUAACCUGGAAUACAAUUUAUAACUCAAUAUUAUGAGUGGGAAGCAGUCAUGCGGACUGCAUAUCUGGUUCUUUUCAAUUUUUUCUGAGACAACGUUAUUGCAAUUUAGUUUGGACUUA